AACUCAGCGGCGUGUUCUUUCCUCAAGUUCCUGGUAUCCCGGCCGCUGUACGACGCCGGCUUUUCACGGACUUCUUACCCCAGCGGCUGCCUCUGGACCGUCGCUCUCUGUCUUUCAGCGCGGAGCCACUGCUUGUGCGCGUACGCCGCCUCAACGGGACAAACUCAUGGCGGAGCGCGGGGAACUCGAUCUGACGGGCGCCAAACAGAACACCGGCGUGUGGCUGGUCAAGGUUCCUAAAUAUUUGUCCCAACAAUGGGCAAAAGCCCCGGGAAGAGGUGAAGUAGGGAAACUGAGGAUUGCCAAGAAUCAAGGAAGGACUGAGGUAUCAUUUACUUUGAAUGAGGAUCUUGCAAAUAUUCAUGAUAUCGGUGGGAAACCAGCUUCAGUCAGCGCUCCUAGAGAGCAUCCGUUUGUCUUGCAGAGUGUUGGAGGACAGACAUUAACAGUGUUUACUGAGAGCGCCUCAGAUAAACUGUCGUUGGAAGGAAUAGUGGUCCAGAGAGCGGAAUGCCGACCUGCUGCCAGUGAAAACUACAUGAGAUUAAAGAGAUUGCAAAUAGAAGAAUCUUCCAAACCCGUAAGGCUCUCCCAGCAGCUGGACAAAGUUGUAACAACCAAUUACAAGCCUGUCGCUAACCAUCAGUACAAUAUUGAAUAUGAAAGGAAGAAGAAAGAAGAUGGAAAGCGAGCUCGGGCAGACAAGCAACAUGUCCUAGACAUGCUAUUUUCAGCCUUUGAGAAGCAUCAGUACUAUAAUCUUAAGGACUUGGUCGACAUCACAAAGCAGCCUGUGGGAUACCUGAAAGAAAUCUUGAAAGAAAUCGGCAUUCAGAAUGUAAAAGGGAUUCACAAGAACACUUGGGAGCUGAAGCCAGAGUACAGGCAUUACCAAGCAGAUGAGAAGAGCGACUGAGAGAGCCAUAUGCUCCAACAGUUACAGGUGGCCUAGGCCAGCCCAGCGGCUCGCACCACAUGCUGACAGCUGACAGGGCAGACAACUGACAGGCUCUGCGUUCCUGUCAGUAAACUGUUAAAGCUGGGGUUCCAUAAAGUUCCUUAAGUGUUUUUUGAAGAGAGAGAUGUUAUUUAUAGACUAAACUUGUGUUAACCCAGAGCAUUCAGCCGGGCAUGCUGGCACAUACGUGUGUCCUACAGUCAGGAGGCUGGAGCAUGAAGGCAUGCGUGAGUUUGAGGCCAGCCUGGAAUACACAGCAAGACCCUCCUCCAUAAAAGAAAAAAGGUUCAUGGUAUGGGUAGGGGCCCGGGAAUUAAAACUGCUUUUGUCUUAACUUUUUUAGUGUAAAUGAGAUAUUUCCUAAAUGAAAAGUGUAUUAGCCAGGCAUGGUGGCACACGCCUGUAAUCCCAACACUUGGAGAGGCAGAGACAGGCAGAUCGAUGUGAAUUCAAGGCCAGCCUGGUCUAC